CUAACCCCAACCCUUUGCUUUCCCUAUUCCUACCCCGCCCCCCCUCUCUCUCUCUAAUGCUAGUGGCUCUCUUUCUCAGCUCUCCCUUUGGUUGGCCACUAGUCCAAGCCCUACCUUUUUUUCUCAAAUGCUAGUGGUUCAUUCAUUUCUCUCUUUACAACCCCCCACUGAGCCUUUCUUUUGAGCUUCAACUUCUUUGAUGGGUGUGAAUACAUAAUGUUAACAGCUAAACUAUAACUAAAGAGUUUGUUUUUUGCUUAGUAUGGGGAGAGAUGGAAAAAGAAACUAACCAAGAAAACCCAUCUCUCCUCUCAAAUAAUAACAUCUCCAUCACUAAAGAAGACUCCUCCCCUAAAAAACACCCUGGAAACACCGCUGCGGCUGGUGGCGGAGAUAGGCUGAAACGUGAUGAAUGGAGUGAAGGAGCUGUUUCAAGCUUGCUUGAGGCUUACGAAAACAAAUGGGUGCUUAGAAAUAGAGCCAAACUUAAGGGUCAUGAUUGGGAAGAUGUGGCUCGCUAUGUUUCAGCUCGAGCUAAUUGUACCAAGUCGCCAAAGACUCAAACUCAGUGCAAGAACAAGAUUGAGUCAAUGAAGAAAAGGUAUCGAUCGGAGUCCGCCACGGCGGAUGGAUCUUCUUGGCCUUUGUAUCCACGCCUUGACCUUUUACUUCGUGGCAGUACUGCACCUCCUCCUCCUCCGUUACUGCCACCACAGCUGCAACCGUCAGCGGUUCCUCAAGCUGCUACUCCAAUUUCCACUAACCCUCCUUUGAUGACUUUACCAGAGCCCUCCAUGAUGGUGGUGCUACAGCAACAGCAACAGCAUCCACCACCACCACCACCACCACCACAUUUGGCUCCUCAGCUUCCUGGAACUACACAAAAUUCACACGGUUCCAAUGGUAUUGAUAGGAUCCCCAAGGAGGAUGGAGCCGGUACAAAGUCAUCGGGUCAUUUAUCGGACAAGAUAGCUAUGGAGACAGAUAGUAGUACGCCUGCUCUUUAUAGCGACAGAGAAAGACCGAGAUCGAAGAAAGCAAAGAUGAAAAUAGAGACGAUGGCAACGAUGAUGAAGAAGAAGAAGAAGAGAAGGAAAGAAGAGUGUGAAAUUGGAGGGAGCAUUCAAUGGCUAGCACAAGUAGUUUUAAAAUCAGAACAAGCAAGGAUGGAAACAAUGAAAGAAAUUGAAAAAAUGAGGGUUGAAGCUGAGGCUAAAAGAGGAGAAAUGGACCUCAAAAGAACUGAGAUCAUUGCCAACACUCAAUUGGAAAUUGCUAGGCUCUUUGCAGGAUCAAAUAAAGGAGUUGAUUCUUCAUUAAGGAUUGGAAGAAAUUGAAAACUUAUGGUGAUUAUUAGUGAAUAAUCUAAUUAAUUAUAUGUGUAUGUAUAGAUUUUGUGUAUUGACAAUGAGCAAGGGCAGGUGAACAAUUAAGGGUUAACUCUAAAUAGACUAAUUAAUUAAUUAGAUAAAGAAAAUGGGGUUGGUAAAUAGCCAUUUCUACCUCAUUUCUAAGCUUUCUCUUUUAGAGAAAAUGUAGUAUUUGUAGAAAGAAAAAUAUGUACCUACACAAUCAUACUAAAUUGAUGUGUAGUACAAGAACUUCUAAUGUAUUAAGCAAAUGAACUUCUAUCCAUAACUGUUCAGAUA